AUGGGACGUAUUCUCAUUGCUAAUUUAUUCCUACCUUCCACGGUAGGCUUCUCCUUCGAUACCGUGCCCAGAGAUGCAAUCGGUUCGCGCUUCCUUCAACGCGAAGAGUCAAAGGAUUGGAUUGAGGACGCUCCGUUGGAUGCUCCUUUAGAUGAAAAUGCCAUCCUCUCCGAAGACGAUGAAGAUGAAGAUGACCAAGGCGAUCUCAAUUCUAACGAUAACCGUCAUUAUCCCCCAUAUCGCUCAGAUUCCACUCCUUCCGCCUCUACCUCCUCCUCUGAUAAUGAUGAUGAUGAUGAUGACAAUCAAAGCGCUACCGUCCUUUCGGACCUUCCUGAAGAGGUCGAAUCUUCUUCCAGACCUUCUUCCCUUCAUGCUUCCACCGCUUCCAUGCCUGGUAUUCGCAGCCAGGCCGGUACUCCCUCCGUCCAUUCCGGAACUGGUAGCCCCAAACUAGAUGACCCUCUCAGUAACCUUCAAAAGCUACUAAAGAAAAGAGGUCGUCGCCAUCUCGCUUUCAACGAUGACGAAGGCCUUUCUUUACCUCCUUCUCGUCAUCAAUCCCCUCCACCCUCUAAUGUUUUAGCCUCCUACAAACGCCGUACCUCCAAUGACCGCGAUAUGCAAUCCUUUGCUCGUCGUGCCUCCCGUUCCCUUUCCUUCUCCACCGGCCAUGGCGGCGGUCUUCAUCCGGGUCGCCGUAUGACCUUUGAUGCUGAAGCUUGGAAAAAAAUCAGUUACCGUAUUCUUCCCAAUUCCUAUGGUAAUGCUAGCUUUUACAACGCUGUCCAUGCUGCCGACCGUACUGGGAAAUUCGACGAACAUUUCUUCAUUGGUACUUCCGGUGUCCCCACCGAUUCUCUACCCGACAUGGUUAAACAAAAAAUCUCCGAUGAUUAUUUAACCUCUCACAAAUCCAUCGUCGUUUACCCUUCCGAUACGGACUUUGUCGGCCAUUACAACCACUAUUGCAAAAACAUUCUUUGGCCCACCUUCCACUAUCAAAUCCCAGACAACCCUAAAUCCAAGGCCUACGAAGAUCAUUCUUGGGCCAAUUAUGUCAAGGUCAACCAAAAAUUCGCAGACUCAAUUCUUGCAAACUAUCGUGAGGGCGAUAUGGUUUGGAUCAAUGAUUAUCAUCUUCUCCUCGUUCCUCAAAUGGUUCGCGAAAAGAUACCUGCUGCAAACAUCGGUUUCUUCUUACAUAUCCCUUUUCCCUCCUCCGAGGUCAGCCGUUGUCUUGCUACCCGCCAAGAAAUUCUUCGCGGCAUGCUUGGUGCAAAUAUCCUCGGCUUCCAAAUCCCAGAGUUUGCCUAUCAUUUCCUUCAAACUUGUUCUCGUCUUAUCAACAUUGAUAUUCGUAAAGAUGGAACUGUUUCUUUGGAUGGUAGAAAGAUUGAAAUCGUUGCCCUUCCUAUUUCCAUCGAUCCCGCUGCUCUAGACAAACAACUUCAAAGUAACCAAGUCCAACACUGGAUCCGUGUUUUGCGUGAUCGCUUCAAGGGAAAACAUAUCAUCCUUUCCCACGAUAAACUCGACCCCAUUUGCGGUCUUCGUUCCAAGCUACUUUCUUUUGAAAUUUUCUUGCACAGAUACCCUCAAUAUAGAGAGAAUACCAUUCUUCUUCAAAUUGCUCCUGAAUCUCUUCAAGAUAAUCUCCACUUGCCCCUUAUUUCCGAUAUCGUAACCCGAAUUAAUUCUUCCUACUCAAAUAUCGCUUCUCGUCAUGUUCCUGUUAUCUUGUUAAGACAGAAAAUCAGUAUCCACCAAUUUUUGGCUCUCAUGACCAUUUCCGAUGCUCUCAUCGACAAUUCUCUUCGUGAAGGCAUUAGUUUGACGAGCCAUCAAUUCAUUUACGCUCAACGCGAACGUCACAGGCCUUUGAUCUUGAGUGAAUUUGUCGGUAGUUCCUCCAUUCUGGGUCACAAUGCCAUUGUCGUAAAUCCUUGGGACUACUCCAACACCGCCGAUGCCUUCUACAAGGCUUUGUCUAUGUCCCCGAGUGAAUGCGAGGAGAGAAGCAAAGUCAUGUGUAACCUCAUUCUUCGUCAUGAUGCUACUUCUUGGGCCAUUACUUUUGGUACUCUCAUCAAAGAAUCUUGGAAGGAACAGCAGGCAAAUGAUAAAAGCAAGCUUACUUUUAAUGCAGAUCUCAUUCUUAAACCAUAUCAUAAUGCUAAGAAGCGUCUUCUCUUCCUUUACUUCGAGGGUACUAUUACAUCCUGGGGUUCCCAAAAUCAAAGUGUAACUAGUGGUUUACAGAGAACAGUUAAUCUGUUGACGGAUUUAACCGCUGAUCCUAAGAAUACCGUGUAUAUUAUUAGUGCUCUUGGUCGACAAGAGUUGGAUCAACUUUUCCAGCGUGUUCCCAGAUUGGGUCUUGUUGCUGAAAAUGGUUGCUUUACACGUGCCCCUCCUACAGCGGAUGCCUUACCUCCAUCUGAGCAACAAAUUGCCGCCUUGUGGAAGAGUGAAAUCAAGGACGUUGAUCUCAGUUGGAUAAAGACAGUCACUGAGAUCUUUAGUUAUUAUGCCGAGCGUGCAGCGGGCAGUUAUGUGGAAGAAAAAGAUGCCAGUGUCGCUUUGCAUCUAAGAGAAGCCGAAGAUCCUGAAUUUGCUUCUUGGGCAGCCAAGGAAUGUUGUGAAUCUGUCAAUAAUUUUGAUAUCCCUUGCCGUGCCACGAUUCAGAAUGAUACAGUCAUUUGCCGUUCUAGCAAAGUUUCCAAGCGUCUUGCUGUAGAAGACAUUUACAAAUCAAAUGGUGCAGACUUUGAUUUCAUUUUCUCCGCUAGCAAUGAGACAGAUGAUGAUUCUGUGUUCCGUUGGAUUGCUGGAUUCAAACACAUGGGACCUAAACCUCCGUUUACGCAUACCGUAUACGUUGGUGAUCAUGAUUAUGGUACUUAUGCUGAUUCAGAAAGUUCAGGUGUUUUUGGGUUUUUGCAGGCAUUUGAAAAAGUCUUUUCGUGA